AGGCUCUAUAAAUUGGUCCCCAAUUAACUUGGUCAGUGUAUAAUCAAGCUAAGGUUGCAAUGGGCAAUAAAACAGCAAAAGUUUCAAUUUUGUUUCUGUUGAAUUUUCUCGGGUUGGUUUGCAGUAGCAAUGGCGGAGACAUAGUGGUUUACUGGGGCCAAGACGAGAGCGAGGGCACAUUGAGCGAAACAUGCAACUCUGGACUAUACAAAAUAGUGAACAUAGGCUUUCUGGCAAAAUUUGGCGGUGGGCGGGAACCAGAAAUAAACCUAGCAGGACACUGCGACCCUGCAUCAAACGGUUGCAAAAGUUUGAGCAAAGACAUAAAGAAUUGCCAGAAGAGGGGCAUAAAGGUGAUUCUCUCAAUUGGAGGUGGCGAGACAGGUUACUCCUUGUCGUCCGCUAAUGAUGCUACAAAGGUGGCAGAUUACAUAUGGAACAACUUCUUGGGAGGAAAAUCAUCAAAGACAAGACCAUUGGGUGAUGCAGUGUUGGAUGGCGUGGAUUUUGACAUUGAAGUUGGUGGCGGUGAAAGCUUCUACGCUGUGCUUGCGAGGAGACUCUCUCAGCACAGCAAAGGAGGGGGCAGAAAAGUGUACUUAACAGCUGCACCACAGUGUCCAUUCCCUGAUGAACACCAGAAUGGAGCACUGUCAACAGGGCUCUUUGACUUUGUUUGGGUUCAGUUUUACAACAAUGGUCCAUGUCAGUUUGAGUCUAGUGACCCCACCAAGUUCCAGAAAUCGUGGAACCAGUGGAUCUCGUCCAUCAGGGCUAGGAAAAUUUAUGUUGGACUUCCUGCAUCUCCAUCGCCAGCUACGGCUGGUAGUGGCUUUGUGCCAACACGAACGCUCAUAACACAAGUGUUGCCUUUUGUCAAAAGAUCGCCCAAGUAUGGGGGAGUAAUGCUCUGGGAUAGGGCUGCUGAUAAGCAAACCGGAUAUUCCACCAACAUCAAGCCCAGUGUUUGAGAUUAAUUUGGAUAUAAUUAUAAGUAAAAGUAAAAUCCAUGCAAGUUUGAAAUUUCCUUCGCUUUUGUAAAAUUCAGUUUCCUUGUGACGAGUUUAAUUUGGUGUACUCAAGUACGUUAAUAAACAUCUGUUUCAUUAAAUUUCCUUCA